GCUGCUGCUGCACGGAGCUUCCACCUCUGUCUUCUCCCACCGAGCCACCGGGCAUCGUUUCUCCUCUGCCCCGUCUGCGAGGAUCUAUUCACGGGCAAGGCUUUGCGACUUCAGUCGGUGUCACUAUUUUUUUUUUUUUUUUUUUUUUUUUUUUUCACAUUGGGGGGAAAUAUAUAUUCUGUCUCAUUUGUGCAAGCUUUGCUCUCCAAUUGCCCUUGAAGACAUAUGGAGAAAAUGGCUCGACCUCUUCCCAUUAACCCAACUUUCCUACCGCCGACUCACGGCGUGCUGAAAUCCCUUCUGGAAAAUCCUCUGAAGCUGCCUUUCCAUCACGAUGAAGGACUUGGGAAAGACAAGGAGAAAGAGAAGAAGUUGGACGAUGAGAGCGGCGUGGCCAGCCACCCACAGUCGGCCUUCCUCGGUCCGACCCUGUGGGACAAGACCCUUCCCUACGAUGGGUUGGGACAGGUGCUGGACAACUUUCAGCUGGAGUACAUGGACCUGGAGGAGUUCCUGUCAGAGAACGGCAUCCCCUCCAACACAGCCCAGAGCGAGCAGGCCCAGCAGUCAACGCAGCCGCCGCCACCGCCUCAGCAGACCCCUCUGCAGCAGGCCCCACCCUCAGCCCCGCCCACGCCCUCUGUGGUGGACCUCAGCAGCCGCGCCACCACCUCGGUUCACACGGCCAUGGCGCCUCAGACCUGCUUGCGCAGCCCCAGCACAGCAGCACCGGCUACAUCUCGUGACUCACCGAGCCCCAUCGAUCCAGAGUCCAUUCAGGUGCCGAUGACCUACGACCCCGACCCAGCAGACCUGGCUCUGUCCAGCGUCCCCGGCCAGGAAAUGUUCGACCCCAGGAAACGCAAAUUCUCCGCCGAGGAGCUGAAACCGCAGCCCAUGAUCAAAAAAGCCCGCAAGGUUUUCAUUCCUGAGGAUCUUAAGGACGACAGGUACUGGGCCCGGCGCAGAAAGAACAACGUGGCGGCCAAGCGUUCGCGAGACGCCCGGCGGCUGAAGGAGAACCAGAUCGCCAUCCGGGCCGGCUUCCUGGAGAAGGAGAACGCCGCGCUCCGCAUGGAGGUAGCGGACUUGAGGAAGGAGCUGGGCCGCUGCAAGAACAUUGUGGCUAAAUACGAGGCUCGGCACGGGCCCCUGUGAGCCCCCUCCCCCCUCCUCCUCCUUCCUCUUCCUCCUCUUCCUCUUCAAAAAAAACCCUCCACCAACACCAACACCAACACCAGACCCUCUUUACUUCCUCUUCUCCCCUUCGACCUGCUUCACCCUCAAGUUUUAAAGGACUAUAUGUCUACUUUUGGUGGCACUACCCCCCCCCUCCCCUCGCCCUCCUCUUCCUCUUCCUCCCUCCUCCUCUUCCUCCCAUGAUUCUGGUAUUAUACCUUUUUUGACUUUCUAUCAUAAGCUUCUCUUAUUUGUCUGUUCCUUUUUAUUUCUGUACACAUCGUUCGACUUAAGAGAUAUAUACAUAUACAUAGAUGAAUAUAUAUAUAUAUAUAUAUAUAUAUAUAUUUACACAUGCAUACUUCCCACUUUGAUGUAUACUGUGAG